AUAUUUUCCAUUUUCAGAAUAUAUUUUGGAAAUGAUCGACUGAGAGAGAAGAGCUGUGAAUAUGAUAUAAGAUUUAAACAUAUUCAUUUUUAUCAAAAGCCCGGGAAAAUUUGAAUUAUUUCAAACCAAAUUGAAAAGAUGGGUUCUGGAACGAAGUCUGGAGGUUGUAGAGGAUGUAUUACAAGAAUACCGUAUGCUACAUUAAUAGCUCUCAUUAUGUGCUGGGCUGGGGUUGGAGUUUUCUGUGGAACUAUGUACCGUGGUGUAAAUCUAACCUUGAGAUUACUGCAGGAUGUAUUCAAGCUAGACAAAGGUUUACAGUGGGUUGAACCGACACAGCUUGCCUUUGUAAUCCUUGGAGCCAGUAUGGCCGCUAUAGCACUCAUGAUCCUUGGAACAGCAAUUCUAGCAACAGGAGCAACAAGGCAGGAGGUAUAUAGGAGUUCUGUUGGUAGAGUCGGAGGAAGGAUUGCUAGUGCUGCGUUCAUAUUUAUCACGUACAUACUGUUAUUGGCCUGGUUGCUAGUGCUGGGUUGCUGUAUCAUCAUGACUAUCUUCUACUCUCUAAGCUGGGGAAUAUGCAGUACAAAAGAAAUACAAUAUGAUGAACAGAAAAUUGAUUUCUAUCCUUUCCAUUUCCUCUUCCCAGAAGGAACACAAAAAGUGAACAUGGAGGUUGAGGGCCAAAAGGAAAUAAAGAUGUUUUGCAAGGAUUACGUCGAGCGAGCAGAGGUGAUGUUUAUCAUUGCUACAAGCGCGUGCUUCCUUGUGGUGAUGUCCUUGGUUCACUUCCUGAUGGCGCUCUCCGCCAACUACGCGCAUAUAAGAGGACAUGACAAGUUUACUGAGCUACAGGAUUUACAGGAUUUAACGAGUGAGACAAUGACCUUGACAGAUAGAGAAGCUGUGUACAUAAAGCAUGUACAGUAGAAUCAAAAUAGAAGGAAAAUAAAUUUUUCAAGAUCU